GAUUUGAUCUGGUAUCGUCACUUUGAGAUAAGGAGGCUCGCGUUGGCAGUUUUACGGCACAGCGCUGAAGCAUCACUGCGGAAGCAUCACUGCUGAAGGGAUUCUACGCCACCGACUAAGGCAUCAUCCAGAUCUCCGCCAGAUCUCCGCCAUGGUGGGCAUUGCAAGGACGGCCAGCUUGUCGGCAUCACGAGGCGACUUGUUCAGGCUAAUGGGCGGCGGAGGCUCCGAAGUUCCCCAUCUUGUCUGGAGAAACGAUCUAUAUGACAAGAUAUCCCAACACACUCAUCAGGGCCUGAAUUUUCUAGAAAACUUUCGUCAAUUCAUCAAGGACCGGGUUACCAUCGAGACGGAGUAUGCUGCGCGACUCAGGAACCUUGCAAAGAGCUAUCAUCCCAAGAAGAAAGAUGAUGAGCAGAAUCGUUCUGAAGUGAGGCUGUCUGAGCAGUCGGCUGGCAUCGUGCGGUUGUGA